UUUUAUUGUAGUGUUCUCUUUUCUUUAAAUACUAGUUUAAGAAUUGGAAUCAUCUACAUAUAUCAUGGGUUGUUUAUUAUCUGGUCGUAGUGUUGGGGCUUUUAUGCUCUUGCUUGUGUUAGUUGUUGAAAAUUAUGUGGUGUUUGGUGAUGAUGUUAAGAAGGGAGUUGAAGAUGAUGAGAAGUUUUUAUUUAAGCAUCGUCGUUUUGGUGAUCGUAUUGGUGGGGGUUUAGGACAUGGGAUUUAUAGUAAAGGGUUUACACAUGGUGGAGGUCUUGGCCUUGGCGGAGGAGGUGGUGGUGGUCUAGGUGGAGGUGCGGGUGGUGGCUUAGGUGGUGGGGGUGGUCUUGGCGGAGGAGCUGGUGGUGGUCUUGGUGGAGGUGCGGGUGGUGGCUUAGGUGGUGGGGGUGUUGGUGGUGGCUUAGGAGGUGGUCUUGGAGGUGGUGGUGGCAUUGGAGGAGGUGCUGGUGGUGGAGCAGGUGGAGGUAUUGGAGGAGGAGCCGGAGGAGGUGGUGGAAUUGGCGGAGGUGUUGGGGGUGGAGCUGGUGGAGGUAUUGGAGGAGGUGCUGGUGGUGGAGCUGGUGGAGGCAUUGGAGGAGGAGCCGGAGGAGGUGGUGGAAUUGGAGGAGGAGCCGGAGGAGGUGGUGGAAUUGGAGGAGGUGCUGGUGGUGGAGCUGGUGGAGGCAUUGGAGGAGGUGCUGGGGGUGGAGCUGGUGGAGGAAUUGGAGGAGGAGCUGGAGGUGGUGGAGGUGUUGGGGGUGGAGCUGGUGGUGGCAUUGGAGGAGGUGCUGGUGGUGGAGCUGGUGGAGGCAUUGGAGGAGGAGUCGGAGGUGGUGGUGGAGCAGGUGGCGGUGUAGGAGGUGGUCUUGGUGCAGGUGGAGGUGCUGGAGGUGGUGUUGGUGGUGGCGGAGGCUUUGGUGGAGGAGGAGGUGGUGGCAUUGGUGGUGGUGGAGGUGCAGGAGGAGGUUUUGGAGCAGGUGGAGGAUUUGGCGCCGGUGCUGGUGCUGGUAUUGGAGGUGGAAGUGGUGGCGGCGGCGGCUUUGGUGGUGGUCUUCAUUGAUCAACAAAGUUUCAAUCUUCUUGCAUGCAAUAAUUAAGCAAGGGGUAGUAAUGUUCUCCUAUAUGCUCUUGGAAGUGCCCUACGUGCUCUUAUAUCAAGUUUUAACUACCUUUUAUUAGUUGUUAUUCUUUUGUGAAACUUGUUGAAAUUUGAUAUUCCUAGUAAUUAAACAAGUCCAUAUCUAUCAUACUUAUAGUGUUUUUGUUGUUGUUGUUGAGUUAAAGCAAAAGCUUUUGUCCAUCUUGCUUGAAAAUAGCUAAUGGACUAUAUAGUUGUAAUGCCCGAUCUUGUCAUCAUUAAUAAAUUAAAUAUAGUUCUAAUUCCAA